UGUAAUGAAGACAGAGGGAGAGAAAGUAUCUGAUUUCUCCUCGUCAUCAGUGCUGAGUCCGAGAUCUCCAGCUGUCACAAACAGUCAACUUGACACAUGAGUGCUCAGCCUGGCACGCACAUAAACAUGCAUACAAACACACACGCACAAAAUCAAAGGUAAGCACACAAAUACAGACAGAUGCUCCCACUCGAGCACUUUGGAAAUCACCUAAAGAGACAAUACAGGAAAUAAAGACAGGUCCAGACUGUGGGAGGGUGGUCAGCCGGUUUGAAAGACUCGGCUCUCCAGUCAACGGCAGCAGGUGACGGACUCAUCCACAGAAAGGAUUUGCUCACACACUGGAUUUUGUCCUCUGCACUGCGUGACUUUUGACAAGAGGUGAGGAAGCACUGACAUUAUCCUAAACACCAUGGACCAGGAGGAUGACAAACACUCUGUGGAUAUCCACGACAACCCUCCAGUUCCUGACAACGUAGUGAAAGAAGACGGAGACACUGUCUACUUCAUAUAUGAGGAGGAGGUGGAGGUGGAGGAGAAGGAACCAGAACCUCCAGAGCCUGUUGUCCGGGUCAACGACAAACCCCACAAGUUCAAGGACCACUACUGCAAGAAACCAAAGUUCUGUGACGUCUGUGCUCGCAUGAUAGUCUUGAACAACAAGUUUGCCUUGAGGUGUAAAAACUGCAAGACCAACAUCCACCAUUCAUGUCAGUCCUAUGUCGAGUUCCAGAGGUGUUUUGGCAAAAUUCCACCUGGCUUCAGAAGGGCCUACAGCUCCCCCUUGUAUAGCAGUGACCAACCAGAUCCAAACAACCCAAACCGGAACGACCCGGUCUUUGACACCCUGCGGGUCGGUGUCAUCAUGGCAAAUAAGGAGCGCAAAAAGAAUGAAAACGACAAGAAAAAUAUGAUGAUGAUGAUGGAGGAAGAAGAAGAGGAGAACCAACAGCCCAAAGAGAACGAGGAGGGAGGAGAAGGGAAGCCUGAUGACAAGAAGGAGAAAGGAGGAGACAAAGCAGAUGACAAGAAUAAGGGUACAUUCUCCCAUUCCCACUAUUACCUGGCUCUCUACCGCUUCAAGGCCAUAGAGAAAGACGACCUCGACUUCCACCCCGGUGAUCGGAUCACAGUAUUGGAUGACUCCAAUGAGGAGUGGUGGAGGGGAAAGAUGGGGGAGAAGACAGGCUACUUCCCCACCAACUACCUCAUAAAAGUGCGUGCAUCGGAAAGAGUUUACAAGGUGACGCGCUCCUUUGUAGGGAACAGAGAGAUGGGACAAAUCACACUGAAGAAAGAUCAGAUUGUGGUGAAGAAAGGAGAUGAGAAAGGCGGCUACUUGAAGGUCAGCACUGGACGAAAGCUGGGCUACUUCCCCGCUGAUCUGCUGGAGGAGAUCACUGUGACGUAAAAUAAACAAACAAAAAUAAAAAUCUGUCACAAAAAUAUGCAACACACUUUAAAUGUCAGCAAAAACUGGAUAUGUCAGUGUGCAGGAGAGCCUUCUGAUCUUUUAACAGUUUUCUACAUGUUACAUAACAACAUGUCACAGCAGACGUUUCGACCGUGAUGCAUUUGUAGUGAAGCCCGAGAAAGGAGUGAUUAAAACAAGAGACAGUCAGGGGAUGUACUUGCUUUGCUGUGAAUAACAUAUAAGACAAAUAUUCACGUGAUUUAUGUUGCUGCCUGCCGCUGAGGAGAGGUGGAGCAAAUGAAAGGAAGCUUUGCCAAAGGUCAGGCCAUUGACUGACAUGAAGGAAGACAGUUACCAAAGGCUUAGUGACAGAUUGAACACAUGCAUCAGUGUAAUUCAAAAUCUGAUUGAUAAAACAGUUUUUUUAAAUCAGUGAACAGCUGGAGCUCCUGUUACAUCUUACAGAAGGUUAUUAAAGUUUGGCCACAAAAACGAACAAAAAUUAAGUUCUCAGUUGUGCUUGUACAUAACAUAACCAACUGCUCACAGUGGUUUCAGAUAUUUGCCCUAACUGCUGCUGAUAAAAUUAUCUGAAUGUCUGAAGUGUAAAUGUUUUCAAAUAUUAAACCUGAAGUGCA